CGACCUUCACCCGCUCCCUGUUUCCAUGCAUGCAUCAAGGGAAAAUAACAUCUCUGCCCAAAAAUGUCCUCCACCAAUAAGCAUGCCCACUCCCGCCCCGUCGACUUCGAGCAGCAGUGCGGAGCUACUCUGCCAGACGGCGCUCAGUGUGCUCGGUCGUUGACCUAUCCAGGCUCGUCAGGACAAGAAGAACGCUCAGCAGAGGAAGUAUCGCCCACCGAACAAACCCAACUCGUCUCGAAAAUCAUCCAAUGGAUCGCACAUUCAACCCGAACCCUCUACAUCGAAGAACUUGCCGAACUAGCCAUCAUCUCCGAAAGCGGCAUUGACGUUGAUAAACGCCUUCCUGACCCGCGAGCUAUUCUCACCAUAUGCCCGGACACUCUCAUAACAACCACACCACCAACUCCCAAUAGCCCGACCCCCGAAAAUGAGUUCAAACCAAACCAGCACCAGGUCCAGUUCACUGACCCAGAAAUAAAGCGAUACCUUCAAUCCCAGGAGAUUCAAGCUACCCCUGAAAAACAUUUAGCAAUAACAGAACCCACAUCCCACACAACCAUCGCAAAAGACAGUCUCACCUACCUCCUCCAAUUCACAGAGCCCUACACUACAACCCCAAGCAAAAUCAAAACCUCAUACCUCCUAAGCUACGCAGCAAACUACUGGGCCGUGCAUGCCCGUCUAGCCCACCCAGAAACAAACCCAGAACUAACAGCCCUAAUUCUCCGAUUUCUAAAUUCAGGAACAGCAUACCUAAACUGGACAGCCUUUCUGGAUGGCUACACACCAUUCUCUGGAACAGAUGGUUCCAGUCUUAUCCGCCACCCACAUCAAAUUUACUACGCCGCGUCAUUCGGUCUAACAAACAUCGUCACAGCGCUCCUUGACACCGGUGCUCCGGUGGACAGUAGGGGACCGAGCGGGAGCGCGCUGGCGGCUGCUUCAUUGGCGGGACAUCUGGAUACUGUUAAAGUGCUUGUUGACUCUGGGGCGGAUGUGAAUCUGGCGGGGCCUUUUGGGACGGCGCUCGUUUUGGCUUCUGGGAGAGGCUUUGUGAGCAUUGUGCGGUUUUUGAUGGAGAGGGGGGCGGAUGUUGAGGCGAGAGGAGAGUGGAGUGAGACAGCUGUUGUGGAAGCGAGGAAGAAUGGGUUUGAAGGUGUUGUGGAGGUUAUUAUGGGGAGGUAGGGUUAUCUUUGCUCAUUUUUUUCAUCCUUCCUUUCUGCCUUUUUGAAAAUUGGACGGUUGGUUUUGGUUGCAGGUUCAUCCGUAAUGGUUAAAUCUGGGGUUCAAUUGAUGGACCGGUGCAUGGGUAUUGAGUAAAAUAUCUUGUUUUACAUGCACGAUGCCUUCAUACAAUGCAAUGUUUGAUAUCAUUCCUACACGAAAUAGAAUAAAUCCUAUGAUGUUAACUCGGAGAUAA